CAGCCGCCAUCAGUCAUCGACGCGUCUCCAGCCUCCACUCCCCCACCGAUGUCUCGGCCAGACCUGAGUUAUUGACGUGCAAAGAUGUCGUCUGACGAGGCAGCUGAAGUUGAUGCUGGCGGCGAGCGCGUCAGCCAUGAUGACAAUAGUGACGGUGACGUGCCUGAACCUUCCCGUGGAAGAAAACGCACCAGGAAUCCAGCAGUGUGGAAAAAAAAUGUUGCAAAACACAAGAGAAAUGUUGGUGAGGCUUACAUCAGUGUGAAAACAAACAGACAUGUAGCAGCCCGUGCUAUUGGCCCUCCUUGUGCUGACGGGUGUUUUGACAGGGUAGGACGUGAAGGAAUUCGAGCCAUAUUUGAAGCUUUUUGGGCACUAGGAGAUUAUGAACUCCAAAACGCCUAUAUUCAAAAACUGGUGAAGACUGUGCCCAUCAAGCGAAAGCGUACACUGGCAGAAGUCAGCAGGCGUAGCCAUACUUUUCUCUACAGUGUGAUGAUUAACGGUGCCUCACAUAGUGUUUGCAAAAGAGGAUUUGCCAGUAUGCAUGGCCUUAGUCUUAGCCGUGUUGAAAGUGCAAGCAAGAAAAUGACGUUGACCGGAACCCUAAUUGCAGAUAAACGCGGAAGGCGAGUUCCUCAAAACAAAAUCGUGGGGAUGCAGGCGGAUCGAGUCAGAGAACACAUCAAACUUUUGCCUGCCAUGUCGUGCCACUACAGUCGCUUCAAGGCUCCACACCGUCGCUACCUAGACUCGUCCCUUACCAUCAAGAAACUCUAUGAUUCAUACGUAGAAUGGAUGGAAAAGGAACACAGUAAUGAACCGUUUGUCACCUUCAGCUACUACAGUGAUGUCUUCACCAAGGAAUUCAACAUUUGCUUUGCACCUCCUGAUUCUGACACCUGUACCACUUGUGAUACUUUGAAUGCUGCAAUUAAGAAUGAUGCUGAAAACCUGGAGAAGGUAGCAGAACAUCAAAUGAAUUUACAGGCACACAAGGCAGAAGCAGACGAAGCACAGAACCUUAUGAAAAUAUGGAAAAAUAAUGAUGAUGAUGAUGUUCGUGCAGUUGCUGUAGACCUCCAACAAACUCUCCCAACACCUCGCUUGUCAGCUGGAAUCUCUUACUACAAACGCAAAAUGUGGACUUAUAACUUGUGCAUAUUUAAUUUGAAAACAGAAAAAUCAACCAUGUAUGUGUGGAAUGAAAGUGUAGCUAAGCGUGGUUCUGUGGAGAUUGCUAGUUGCUUAAAGGACUGGGAUUAUGAUGCCACUAACUUCACCAACGCCACAAGAAUGCGCCUCAUGCCAGGAAGAGAUCCAUACAGUCCCAACAACUUCAACCUCAGUACCAUACAGUUGACUCCCAAAUAUGACCGUCCUCUCAGACUUGAUCAGGAGAAAGUGGCAGAUAUCAGGUCACUGUAUCCACUUCUGAGUGUUGCUGAACAACAGUUUUAUGAGAACAUCUUCCAGAAUCAAGAAGAUAAUCAAAUAGAUGCCUCUAAUAACGAUGAAGAUCAUGUUGACAACUACACACUGGACUACCAUAAGGAAUAA